AUGAAAGACCAAGAGGCAAUUAAAGUACAUGAUUUUAAUGAGAUACUGAAAAUAAGCCAAGAAAACAUUAAAGUAUCUGAGAGUGACUUGUCAGAAGAGAGAGAGAAGCGACAGCAACUGGCGUCUGCUUUUAUUGCUAUUCAGAAGUCCUUGAGAGUGGAUACUGAGGAAUUCCAAAAAUCAAAAUCAGAACUCUUGAGCCUUUAUAAGGAAAUUCAAAGUCUUCCAAGGGCUGAGGGCAGAGACCAGUUUUUAAUAGCAUAUAACCUGCUACAAAGAGAGAAUUCUGAAUUAGAAGCCAAGGUCUUGAAGUUUUCACAAGAAUUGGAACAGUUAAAACAUUGUUCUGUAGGGGACAGAACUGCUAGUUUAAUGGCAAGUGAAAACCUCUGUGAAGAGCUGGUGUCUAAAGUGCCACUUUUGGAAGCAGAGCUUCUGAGCCCAAGUGAAGAAAGACAGGCACUCUGUUUUGAAUUAGGAGACAGUAAGCAGGAGGAGACGCCAGAGGAGGCAAUGAAGGCCGCCACUUUUCCAAGAGAGAGGCAGGAGGAGCCACAGCAGAAUGGAGACCAUGAACAGCUGUUGGCCAUGGAUCCCAGAGAAGCUGGGAGGCUUGGAGAAGAGCUGAGUCUCCACUCUCAGCAAUGUGGGGAUAGCUCAGAUGACAGUAGCGCCCAGGUAGGUGCUGCAGACACAAGCUGUGGGUCUGAUCCCUGGGACUAGCCCUGGAAACAGGCAUCAUUUUUACCAUCUUAGUUCUUCAUGUCUCUUAUACAACGUUACAGCCUCAGCUUGAAUGGUUAUUAAUAAACUUACAACCCAAGUCUGAACCUG